UCAGAGAUGUCAUUGUUCCGUCAUCAAGAAGAUAUGUAUUUAUUCGGACUCAGGAUAUACCCUGACUCGCCCCGCCUGUUCCAAGAAAUCCCGACACGUCCCGUACAUUUGAUGCAGCCGUGUCAGUUUGGCUCGCCUGGUAACCAAGCCCAACCAACGCACCAAACAUGCGGUCCCAAAGUAUAAACCUAACGUAGAGAUGUUCUCAGAGAACCAAAUGACUCUUUCCAAAUUGAUAUCGUCAUGUGUUCACCAUAGCAAAAAUGUCAAAUGUCAGAAAAGUCAAAAGUGAACAAGGUGGGAAUAGAAUUACCUCGACGUAACUCUAUCUUAUUAAUUACACAAGGAAAUGCUAUAUCCUUUUGCAAAUUGAUUAAUUGACAAGGAUGUUUAUUAGCGCAAAUUAGCCUCCCUGGACAGAGAUUUUGCUGGACAUUUGUAUGAAUUGAUAAAAUUUUGAAGACAUUCUUCUGUCAUUAACAAAUUUGGCAACAGUUUUGUGAACUGUAUACUGAUGUCCCAUCUGGAUCUGACAAUGGAAAGACCAGAGGCUGUAGUUUUCUUGCUUCCUGUUGUCCAUCAUCUGCUCAUCCCUAGCAUCUUACUACUUGAUGUAUUGAGAUUUCAACAAGUAAAUGGGGCUGGGACAGUUGACUCGGGUCGAAGGGGUCCUGAGUAGUACCUAGGUACCCACAGGUCAUCUUCCUGAGGCAAAUAAUAUCCAGGUAGAAAACUACGUGCCCUACACCACAUCAAACAUGACAGUUUCUUCUGAAUGUGGAGGACACAUACCAUCAACCACCUGAUUAUGGAUCAAGCUGACGAGGGGAGACGUAUUGUCGAGCUGCAGUGUCACUUUGCCAAAACAUUCUGUACAGACGAUUCUCUGGAUCUCCAUGUCAGGUUCUCCCCACUGGCAGCAAGUGUCUCCCUUGACAAGCUACAUGAGAAACUGUUCCUGUGUGAGGAUGCAGCUCUCAACGUCUAUGACACGGAUAUGUACGGGAAGUGUGGAAACAGUGUCACAUCUCACAGGACCGAAAUCAGAUUUAGCAUCUUUGCGGAGGAUAGAACACACAAGUGUUCACAAUGUGAUAGUUCAAUGGCUUGUGAUACUGGGUCAGGGUCAAACAGAAGUCAGACAGCAACUUUCAAGGAACUUUCCACAGAGAAGGGUGAACCCGCUGAUCUUGGGCAAAAGUCAGAGGUCACCAAGGUUAAGGUUGUUUGUAAAGAUGAUGUUUCGGAAAAUAUUGGUUGUUUUGGUGUGGAACGUAUAGAUGAUGACCCCGAUGCUUGUCCAGGCAUUGACAGUACCAGAGAUGAGGAUACUGGAGAACAAGUCGAGACAGAAAAGGCGAUAAGAUGUGAUCAGUGCCUUGAGAAGUUUGAUUCCGAAGUCCAGUUGUCAAUUCAUUCCAUGUUGCAUGUGCAGAACUUGACGUGUGACGUGUGCAGUGAGGUGUUGGACACGAGGAGUGGCCUCCAGAAACACAUGCGAAGUCACGCAGGGCAGAAGUGUUUUAAGUGCGAGCACUGUGAUCUGACAUUCUUGGAGAAGAGCGACCUGACUGUCCAUGUGAAGGAACACUCCGGAGAGAAGGUUUUCCAGUGUAAGGAAUGCGGCAAGCUGUUCAAUAGAAUCAAAGCCUUGAAGCGACACACUCUCAACUACCACAGCAACAUCCCUGUCCACAUCUGUAAAGUCUGCCGGAAGGGAUUCACAGACGAAGAAGAUCUUCGCUCACACGUUUUCACAGACCACAAGGGAAACGAAAAGACGAGGUCAUCCGACCAGCAGUACAAAUGUUCCUUAUGCCCCAAAACCUUCAUCAAGAGUUCCCUCCUCAAGAACCAUCUUCGCCUGCACCGAAACGGCAAACCCUAUCGCUGCAUGUACUGUGGCAUCACCUUCAAGGAUGAGUUGAGCUUCGAGCUCCAUCAGGAGAUACACAAAGGCGAGACGGGCAAACCCUUCACCUGCAAGAACUGUGGCCAAUGUUUCUCGAGCCUGACCCUUCUGAAGAGGCACAAAGCGUCCCAUGAUGGCGACAUAUACAAGUGUGAGACAUGUCACAAGACUUUCCAGUCUGGGAAGUCGCUGAAAGAUCACCAAAACAUCCACAGUGGCAUCAAGUCCUAUGUUUGUAAUAUCUGUGGUAAGGCUUUAGUCAGUGCCAACAGGUUGAAGAGUCAUCUGAAAACUCAUAUCAUUGAUAAACCCUAUAAAUGUGAGUACUGUCAGAAGAGCUUCAUCAACCCAGGCGAUCUAACGAAUCAUAGAAGGGUCCACACAGGUGAGAAGCCAUACCUGUGUGAAAUCUGUGGGAAGGGUUUUGCUUACAAGACAUCGGUUCCCAAACACAUGGUGGUCCACAGCGAGCUGAAGCCCUACCAGUGUGAUGUCUGUCACAAGGAGUUCGCCUCCAACCUCCAGAUGCACAACCACAAGAAGAUCCACCUUGGCCUGAAGAACUUCAUCUGCGAAGUGUGCGGGAAGAGGUUCACAACUGGCAAGGCGCUAAAGGUGCACAAGUUAAUGCAUGAAGGUUACACUGGACAUGACUGCGACAUUUGUGGAAAGAAAUAUAGAAAUGUGUACUAUCUUGAAAUACACAAGAAAACGCAUUCAGGCAAGAACCUCCUCCAGUGCCACAUGUGUGGAGAUUCUUACGCUGAUCCCACCUACUUCAAGCUUCAUCAGCGGAAGUUCUGCAAGACGAUCUUGAUCUACUGUGAGUUGUGUAACCGGGGAUUCCCUAACAACAAGGACUUGAAGAGUCACAUGGGCUUUCACAGUGGAGAGCGCCCCUAUGGCUGUGAUGUCUGCGGCAAGGCUUUCGCCAAGUCGGUGUUCCUUGCGGACCACAUGAAGAGACAUAAUCCUGACACUCUCAUCAAGUGUUCUAUAUGUGGUAAAGGGUUCAUCAACAGGAAGGAGGUCCGCAGACACGAGGCCAGGCACAAGAACAUUAACAAGAAGCGAGCAUCACCUCACAUUGCUGUCAGUAUUGAUCCAAAUCAACUUGCAGGUCUUCCCGAGUUGGAACCAGGAACUAUAGAUUCCAAGUCAUUAGGAUGCAGUCUUCCAUCAAACCUUAGUGCAGAGAGCCAUGACCAGGUAUUACAAGAAUAUGCUGAAUCUAUAGAAAGUAUACGAAAGUCUGUGAUUCCAACAUCAUCAGGGUAUGAGAUGAGGUCAGAUGAUGCGAUCUCUGCAGAACCGAUUCCUCUUGGAAUCCAUCCAGGGCUUCCUCCAGGACCUCCUCAGGGCCUUCCACAGGGACCUCCACAGGGACCUCCACAGGGACCUCCACAGGGACCUCUUCAGGGCCUUCCUUCAGGGCCACCAUCCGACCCUGCACAAGCACCUGAAGGGCCGCCUCCUCCUCUGGCAUCUCAAGGUCAGCCACUGAUGCUGCCAGUAGCUGACCCAGUUUACUAUGGCCACAUGGACUCCUGCACAGGGAAGAAGCCGUACACUGUGGAGGGCCUGGACUCCCAGCACCAGAUUAUGAGCGAUACAAUUCCGCCACACUUGGAUUCACGGCACACAUACUCAUCAGUGUUCACGCGGGAGAGUGGAGAGAUGGUUCUCAUGCAGGAAGGGCUGGCGGCCAUCAUGAACCAGACGGUGGACCGGCGGGCUGCCCAGACAUAUGCUCCUCCCCCCAUGCAGUACUUCUACCCCCCACAGCAGCACCGGUACCACCAGGGGGACGGCAUGCCCAAGUACUCAUAGCAAGCCAGGAGACAGACAGUACGUCUUGGUACUCAAGCAUGCCAGGAGACAGACGGUACGUCUUGGUACUCAAGCAAGCCAGGAGACAGACGGUACGUCUUGGUACUCAAGCAAGCCAGGAGACAGACGGUACGUCUUGGUACUCAAGCAAGCCAGGAGACAGAUGGUACGUCUUGGUACUCAAAGCAUGCCAGGAGACAGACGGUACGUCUUGGUACUCAAGCAAGCCAGGAGACAGAUGGUACGUCUUGGUACUCAAGCAAGCCAGGAGACAGACGGUACGUCUUGGUACUCAAAGCAUGCCAGGAGACAGAUGGUACGUCUUGGUACUCAUAGCAAGCCAGGAGACAGACGGUACGUCUUGGUACUCAAGCAAGCCAGGAGACAGACGGUACGUCUUGGUACUCAUAGCAAGCCAGGAGACAGAUGGUACGUCUUGGUACUCAAGCAAGCCAGGAGACAGAUGGUACGUCUUGGUACUCAUAGCAUGCCAGGAGACAGACGGUACGUCUUGGUAUUCAAGCAUGCCAGGAGACAGACGGUAUGUCUUGGUACUCAAGCAAGCCAGGAGACAGACGGUACGUCUUGGUACUCAAAGCAUGCCAGGAGACAGAUGGUACGUCUUGGUACUCAAGCAUGCCAGGAGACAGAUGGUACGUCUUGGUACUCAAGCAAGCCAGGA